UGUAAGUAUAUAAAGUUAUAUACAUCAUUAUAUAUAUACACAUACACAUAUAUACAUAAUUUAGGUAUGUAUAUCUAUGUAGUAUGUGUAUAAAGUUAUAUAUACCAUUUAUAUUAAAUACAUAAUAUAAAGUAGGUGCAGAAGAAUGAGUGAAUCUAACACACAUAAGUCAUAUAUAAUACACAUGCAUGUAUAAAAUUAUAUAAUUUGUGUGUGUGUGUGUGUGUGUGUGUGUGUGUACGUGCAUACAUACAUUCAUACACACACCUAGGAGCAGAAUUACUGGUUCAUAGAUAUGUGUGGCCUUAAUUUGACCAAGGACCUGUAGUGCCAGAUUCUAGAAUUGCUGCCAACCUGCCCAGCAUUUAUUCAGCUUUGCAUUUUUUUGCCAGUGCAAUAGGCCUUUAAUUCUAGCUAUGCAAUUUCUAGAAAAACACCCCAGGAACUUUUUUUUUUUUUUUUUUUUGAGACAGAGUUUCGCUCUUGUUACCCAGGCUGGAAUGUAAUGGCUGCGAUCUCGGCUCAGUGCAACCUCUGCCUCCUGGGAUCAGGCAAUUCUCCUGCCUCAGCCUCCCGAGUAGCUGGGAUUACAGGCACGCGCCACCAUGCCCAGCUAAUUUUUUGUAUUUUUAGUAGAGACGGGGUUUCACCAUGUUGACCAGGAUGGUCUCGAUCUCUUCACCUCGUGAUCCACCCGCCUCGGCCUCCCAAAGUUCUGGGAUUACAGGCGUGAGCCACCACGCCCGGCCAACCCCAGGAACUUUUAAAUAAAACCAAUGCCCAAGCACGACCCAGAAUAUUUAGAUCUAAAUUUCUCAGGGUAGGGCCUGCGUGUUAGGUUUUAAAAAAAGUCUCUCCAAGUGAUUCUUAUGCAUAGCUAAAGUAGGGACUCUCUGGUGUAAAGUGUUGCCUUAGUGUUUUCAUUUGCUUUUUUGUCUGAUUACUCAUGGUUUUGGAUAUCUCUUCCUAUGCUUGUUAACUUUUGGAGUUUCUUCUUUAGUAAAUUAUCUGUUCCCUAGCAUAUUUACAUGAUUGGAUGCCAGUUAAAAUGGUAAUUGAUUUUUUUUAACCUGUUAAAUAUGUUGCAGGCAUGUAGAAUUGUUUUCUGUGUUUAUUCAAUGAAUACUCAUUGAAGGUUCACCAUAUGCCAGAUGUUAUUUAAGCCUGAAUCAUUCUUACCAAAACUGGGAGACAAAAAAGAGAAAAAAGUCAAUUACAGUUUAUAAGGAAAAGACAAUCUGGCUUCCUUAGCCUCAGUGAUCUCAGUGAUCAUGGGAUUAGGAAAUCUUAUCUCAUUGUAUGAGGCUGUGGUCUUUGGAAGCUACUUCCUCCUUCUUCAGGUACUGCUUUCUGAAUCACUAGUCAGCCCCAGCAAAGCUAGGGAUAGUGGCACUUAGUAAGUCCUUAGGUGUUUGUUAAAGAAAUGUAAAUAAAUGACUCUUAUUUUUUUUUUUUGGUUUGCAAUACAAAUGCCUCUUUUUCCUACUUAAUAAUUAGUGCUGGACAAACUGUAUUAUGGAAAGAUGUCAGUUUCUAAGCAUCAUGGGUUAGGGGAUGGACUUUGUGACCUCCAUUUUGGAUACAGAGCCUGGAUGCCACUAAGAGACUGAGUCUUGUUUCUAGGACCCACAGUCUGAACACCCCAACCUGUGGUAAUUCUUGUGUCCUGGAUUUUCUUCUCUCCUCAGUCCCUCCCUUAAUCCCUAGAGCAAGCUAUUUUUGUGUGGCUGACCUGAAUUUUACAGUGAGUCCCUUACCUGGAAAAAGUGAGCAGCUCCACCCUCUGAGACAGAGGCCUCUCUGGGGCCUGAGAGGCCUGAGGGCAGCCUAGACUUUGAUUGAGCUUGUACUGGUAUGGUGUGUGACUCUUGGAGGAGAUGGGCAGGUAUGACCUGCGGUCAUGUCACACGGUGCUAGGUAAGGAACACUUUUCUUUUUCUCCCUAAUUUCAGUUCUAUGAGUUUUCAGAUGUUAUUUAAGCCUGAAUUAUUCAUACCAAAAAUGGGAGAGAAAAAAAAAAGUCCUCAAUUACACUUCCUGUCCCCUUAUGAAUACCAAGAGUUUUCUUCACCUUUAAGUAGUUUAGUUUACUAAUUUUUUUAGCUAAGAGAUAAUGGUGGAAAAAAUUCUCUAUCAUUUUAUACCAUGAGGAGCUCAAAUUUUAGAAAGAUAACUGUAAAUAUUGAUAAUCACAAAUCACUGAUCUAAGAGCCAUUUACUUGCAAGACAGAGGGCGUUGGAGGCAGAAGACAGGGGAAGCACUUCCCAAGGCCACACUCAAAACCUGUGAUUAAGCGGUGAUGUAUGUUGAAGCUGGGUUUUGACAGAAAAGUAGAAGUUGGCUAGGAGGAAAACUGGAACUCAAUUACUCACUGCCCGUGUGACCUUGGGCAAGUUCUGACACCUCAGAAGCUCAGUUUCCUUAGGUGUGAAAUGGGAAGACUAAUAUUACCUGCUUGUAAAUGCAGUUGCAAAGAUUAAAUGAAAAAGAAAGCUUAUGAAGGGCUUAACAUGGGCCUGGCACAGAAAAAGGCUCAGCAAACACUUACUGAGUACAUACACGAAUGAAUGAGUGUGUGCAUGGGUGUGCAUGAUGAAAGGUCAUGGCAAAACUGAUAAGAGAGGGACACUGCCUGAUUGUUGUCUGGCUGAUUGACUCUUAUCCAGUACUCUGAAUUAGAAAAUUUAAAUUAUGAAGAACCCCCAACAUGUAUCUCUUUAUUUAAAGGUCAAAAUUUAAAAAGGCUAAGAUUCUUUAUUUUCCUGUUUUUUUUUUAUUUUUUAUUUUAUGAAUAAGCAUUGGGGUUUCAAAUGGAUCAGUCUGGGGGCAGAUAUGGAUGUGGUAGCCCGUGGGUCUCAGUCAAAUCUGAAAGGUGUUGAGUGUGAGCUGCAGAGCUUCUAGUGUCUUUAAAGGCACAAGUUACUGAGGACAGAAUUAUUCACUGAGAGGGAAUAACUGUUAGCAAGAAUUACCCCUAGAGAUUCUGCUAAGAAAGGGAUAAUGAAUGACCCAGCCACAGGCCUAGAGGGAAGACCUGGGUCUGAGAUUGACUGAUGUCUGAAUUCUAAAUCUGCAGCCUACACCUUUCUGAACUUUGAAUUCUUUUUAACCUGUUAAAUACCUCAUAGGCAUGUAGAAAUAUUUUAUGUGUUUAUUCAAUUAAUACCCAUUGAAGGCCCACCAUAUGCCACUGUUGGAGAUAUGAUGAUGAUGAAAACUGCACAGUUACCACCCUUGUGGGAAUUUGGAUUCAAGAGGCAUGAUAGAUAUUAAACAGAUCACAAAAUUAAUACUUCAUGACCAAAUGUGGUAAGUCCUAAGAAAGAACAGAGUACUGGAGAGGUUGUAAAAGUAGAAGAAUUAAUUUAAAUUGGAAAGUGAGAUUCACACUGAGACCUGGAAAAUGAGAUAAUAGGUUUCUAUGGCUGCUAUAACAAAUACCAUAAACUUGGUGACUUAAAACAACACAGAUUAAUUGUCUUGCAGUUCUGAAAGUUGGAAGUGCAGUAUGGAUCUCACUAGGAUAAAGUUAAGAUAUUGGCGGGCCUCAGCACUUUCUGGAUCCUCUCUACGGGUCUCUCGAACCUGGUUUAUUGCUUUUUUCUAGCUUUUGGAGUCUACUCACAUUUCUUGGCUCAUGGUCCUUUUAUUCCAUCUUCAAAGCCCUCAAAGUUGCCUAUCUCUGAUCAUUUCAGUCAUAUCUCUUUCUGAGGCUCACUCUGUCUCCUUCUUCCACUUUUCAUGACCCUUGAUUACAUUGGUCCCAUUUGGAUAAUCCAGGACAAUCUUCCUAUUUUAAGGUCAAUGAAUUAGCAACUCAAUUCCACCUUUAAUCUUAAUUCUCCUUUGCCAUAUUACCUAAUGUAUCUGUGAGCAUUAAGUCUGGACAUUUUUGAGAAGGUCAUUAUUUUGCCUAGAUGGGUCGACAUGAGCCUGGGGAAGUUAGUUAGGGGUGGAGAGAAGAUAUCAUAAGCAGGAGACCUUGAGUCAGGCUUCUGCUGGGUUUAUGAAAAAGCUGAAUGUGUCUGAAGAGGAGAGCAGAGCCAGCUAAGGGGGCAGAUGGAGCUAGAUUUAGCAGGGCCUUUUUUGCCUUGUUAAAGAUUUAGGACUUUCAUUCUCAUGCACUGGGAAUCCAUCAGUGUUGAGUAGGGCGUGGCAUCAUGGGAUGGCCUUUAAGAAUCACUCUGCAUCCUUGGAGGAGAGUUGACUGAAAAGACCAGCAAUGAGGCUCCUGUCCUUACAGAGGGGGAGAUUUAUGAGAUUUUUUAGCACAGGGCUUGGCAAUUAGUAGGAAGUCUCCUGCCUGUAGUUCUUCUCUACAAUCAAGGUAUUGGCUAGCAUCUUUCUCAGCAACAUUCAUUAUUUUUGCCCAUUAUACUUCUCUCUUAAAGGCUCUCUUCUUUUACAACACCUACUUUUGCUCUUUUUGCCAACCUCUAGUAUCCUUUAUGAUCUGGCUCAUAAUUUACGCCCUCCAAGAAGCCAUCAGCAACUGGCUUUAUUCUACAUCAGUCACUGCCUUUGCUCUCUCUGCAUACUGAAUGACUUAACUGUCAUAUUCACCAUAUUCCUCCUUCCAGAGUCUACUCCAGCACCCCACAGCGGCUUCUGUUCUGCCUAAAUUCCAAACCCACCAUGACUGAGACAGAUUUCACUGACUAGAUAUAGCUUCAGUUUUGAACAAUGGAGUGCCAGGAUCUUCCUCUGUCUACUGUGGCUCUGAUAUCUAUGUUGCAGUUGUGACCUGAUGAAGUAUAAUGUCCCGCUGCUGACUCCUCAGAUCUCUGUAUUAUUCUGGACAGGCUAGGUUUUGCUGCAAUAACAAACAACUUAUGUAUUGCAAUGACUUAUAACAAAGGUUUAUUUCUUGCUCAUACUGCCUACCUGUUACUGGUCACUUAUGGGCUCUUUUCAUUUACAAUUGUCCUCAUUCUGUAACUUGGGCUAAUGGAACCUGGCCUUUUUGUAGAACAUCAUCUUUGAUUGUGGCUCAUGACUUGCAUCAGUUUUAAAUGUCUGGCUUCAAAGUGAUAAAUACAUCUUUUGCUUACAACUCUAGCCAAAUAACCUGAAUUCAAGAAGACUGAGAAGAAACACAGAAGGCUAGAAAGUGCAACCUUAUCAUGUAUUGAAAACGGGAGAGCUACAACAUUUAACAAACAACAUAAAUGGCUAGUAUUUUCAUUCUUGUCUGGAGAUCAGGACUCAACCCAAAUUCCAUGGUGCAUCAGAUCUGAUAAUAAUUAUUAUGCCAGAGGUUACAAGCCCAAGCCCUCUCUGUGUGACUCAGUUUAUACACCUGACUUUUUCCUGGUUUUCCCUUUGAAUUCUGCUCUAGUAGCUACUUUUUUCUCCACUGUUCUCCAACAGGGCUGGAAGCCUUGUUUUGUCCUUUUCCAGUUUCCAUUCCUAUGGGCUGGAGUCUCAUCUAUUCCAAUGCUAUAGCCCUGCUCCCCUUGGGUAGACCAUGACGUAGAUGUCAAUGAAUGCCUGGAUUCCUGAGGAUUCUUUAAUGGAAUUGCACCUCUAGAAGGCCUUGAUAUCUUUGUUUAGCUUCUCUCAUGUUGAUCAUUUACUUGAACCCUUGGCAGAGAUUCUGAGUUUGCAAAAAUAAUAAACUUUACCUUCUCUUUGAGAAUUCUCAGCCUGUGAUGUAAUUUGGGUCUGAGUUUCAGCAACCUCUUGCUAGUGGGCAGGCAAGUUUUUAGGCAUUACUACCACUCAUUUCUUGCUGUCAGUAAACAAUCAUGUUAUCUUAAUAUAUUGAGAUGUGUUGGUAGAGUUUCUGGUUGAUUUCUGAUCUUUUUCCUAUCCAUAAGAGAUUAAGAUUCUAAAUAUAUAUCUGUCUCCAUUUUCCAAUUUUUUUUCUCAGCAUCUAAUGUAGCACAGUAAAUGUACUAGGAAUUAAAUAACUACUUCUUGAAUAAAUGAAUGGGGAGUCACGAACUUAUUAGGACUCAUAAAGUAUCACUAAAUGCUUUGGUAUUUCAUCAGAAAAAUGGGGUAAUGAUAUUUAAUUCAGGAAGAUACUAGGAGGAUUAGAAAUGAUCAGUGCGGUAUGCUUUGGAAUAGGCAUUCCUCCUCAAGAAAUGGCUAUAAUAUCAUUAACAAGCUGUGGCUGAGUCAGAUGCCACCCAGCAGCCAGUUAAUGCGCACCAGUGACAUUCUUCAGCAAGGGACAAAACAUUUAUUUUCCUACUGCUCACCCACACCUGAACUGCCCUCCUGUAGCCUUUUCUUUAAAUCAAGGAAAAAGAACCCUUAAUUUAUUUAAGGCACAUUUCUGGGAGUCACUGGAGGGGUAUGACAGAGAUGAUUUCUUAAACAGAUUUUCAGAUAGUUUUGUUUUCUUCACUCUCCCACUUGAUCAUUUCUUCACAUAGUCAUUUUACUGGCUUGACAUUUACUUGACAUUUAACUUCCACACAUUUUGAACAAUUAUCUUUUCAAGUUUAAAUUGACAGGAAAUAUAAAUCUGAAUUCUGUACUGAAGUCUUUGAAAUCUGGUAUCCACUUAUUUCAUUACCAUUUGAUCACUCAACACAAUAUGAUGAACUAUAAUAAUGGCCCUGGCACAUCAAAAAAUUGCUAAAGGUAAUAGAGCUGGGACUGUCAUAUUGGUUCUCAUCACAUUGAAAGACCAAAGCAGAGACACAGAGGUGUUUUGAUUACUAUCAGUUCAUGGGGAAAUCUUAGUCACAGAAAUGUUUGAUGUGGGUAAUAUGAUAAAUAAAUCUAUUUUAUUGUAUCUUUAGGACUAUGAUGUACUUCAUUUUAUAAUGCUAGAUGACAUAUUAACAGACUACUUUCCUUUGGCUAAAAAAAGGAAACCCUGUUAUUGAAGGACUGUCAACUAUUCUUAAUUAAUGUAGACUUCCAAAUUUUUUGGCUUAAAAUUCUGCAAAUAUAGAAAGCUUUUGCAGGAGAUAUUCAGCAUACCAAUGGGAGAUAGGUGUAUUUUCUUUGCACAUUGUAAUAAUCCAGGUGCACUCUACUCUAGCAGUUGGCCUGUGAUGUAAGAUUAAUAAAUGAACAAAAUAUGUUCUUUGGAAAAAUAGUGUAAGUUUGAAUUUUACACUGAAAAUUUAAGAACAUGGUAAUUUACAUGUGCAUUCUUUCUUUGGCUCUUGCAAUGGUCAAUCAAUUAAUGAUAGUGAGAAAGGGACUUUGAUGUUUUGUCACUGAAAGAAUGAUGUAUAUACUCCAUAUAUUUCUGAAAUAAUGAUACACUUUUCUGGAAUUCUACCUACUUGGUGGUUAUGAAACUCUGGUGCAAAAUUUAAAUAUUUGUAUCUCAUAUCACAAUGCUAUGUUAAAUUUUAAAAUAGCUCAACUAAAAUAUAUAAUCUAGUUAACUGACACAUGUGUUCACUAGAGAUAUUAAAUACACCACUCAAUAGUGGUAUAGUUUAGUACUAGCGAAUCUUCGAACUCACAUAGGUUCCUUAUAGCUAAGUGACAACCUGUCUUGUUUGCAUGAGAUACUGUUGUCUCUGUGAAAUUACUACUACGGCUUCCUUUUUUUCUGAGCUGGAAUUUCACUCUUGUUUACCCAGGCAGGAGUACAAUGGCGCAAUUGUGGCUCACCACAACCUCCUCCUCCUGGGUUCAGGCAAUUCUCCUGCCUCAGCCUCCUGAGUAGCUGGGAUUACAGGCAUGCGCCACUGUGCUCAGCUAAUUUUUUGUAUUUUUAGUAGAGACGGGGUUUCAACAUAUUGACCAGGAUGGUCUUGAUCUCUUGACCUCAUGAUCCACCCACCUUGGCUUCCCAAAGUGCUGGGAUUACAGGUGUGAAUACUUUCAAAAGGCAUUUGUGUGUGUGUGUGUGUGUGUGUGUGUGUGUGUGUGUGGUUUAAUAUCCAAAACAUUAUGUUUGGCUUUUGCCUUUUUAUUUUCUUUAUUUUAAUUUUUUAAAUUAUAUUUUAAGUUCUGGAGUACUUAAAUGUGCAGGUUUGUUACAUAGGUAUACACAUGCCGUCGUGGUUUGCUGCAUCCAUCACCCUGUCAUCUACAUUAGGUAUUUCUCCUAAUGCUAUCCUUCCCUAAUUCGCCUACCCCCUGCUAUCCUUCUUUUACCCCCGACACCCCAACAGGCCCCGGUGUGUGAUUUUCCCCUCCCUGUGUCCAUGUGUUCUCAUUGUUCAACACCCACUUAUGAGUGAGAACAUACGGUAUUGGUUUUCUGUUCUUAUGUCAGUUUGCUGAGAAUGAUGGUGAAGUACAUGAACACUCUACUUAAACAGUCCCAGAAGCCAUUGUUUCUGACUCUUUUGGACCAAAUUUCUUCCCUAGAUUUUUCAUGACCUUUUUGUACUAUAGGCCCCAGGGCUGUUUUUCUUUGCUUCAGUGGAUUCCAAUGGAAACUUUUUGCUGAAGAAUGCAUUUAUAAAAGAACUUUAGAAAGGAUUACAAAGUUUUAAAAUACAUAAUAUUUGCUCUUUUUCACCAUUGAACAGUCAGCACUUGGCACAAUGCUUGACUAUAAUAGAGACUCCAUAAUUACUUGUUGAAAAAAUAAAGCACUUAAAAACUUAACCAUUUUUUAUUUAAGAAAAUUCAAGUUUCUUCACCCACACACUUUUCUUCCCAAAGAUACUAAGCUACUUCAUGAUUACCCUUGAAUCAUUGCUUAGUAAAAUAUUUCUCAAACAUUGUUUGAAUAAAGAUUACUUAAAAUUUGGACAAACAGGACCAAAAUUCAGACUCCCAGAUCCUGCCCCUGAGAGGCUGGUUUUUUCUCAGAUAAUGACAGAUAAAUAAUAGGCAUUCCAUCUAGGAUUCUCUCUAACUCCAAGUCUUUGAAAUCUUUGCCUGUCUUUAAUUUCAAAAAGAUAUUUCCUUGACUUCCUACUAAGCUGUCCAUCUUUCUACCAUGUCAUUAUUAAUAAAGUAUUUGUGGAGAAGAUAUUAGACUGCAAAGAAAAGCCAGGUUCCACAAUGCAACUGGCUCUUACCACUUCCUCUCUCUGGGCACAAAUUUCCUCAACCUUAAAAUGACAUGGCUGAGCUACAAGAUCUCUCAGGUCUCUUGCAACAGAUAGUUCUUAUCUUUGAAGCCUGAUAGAUGUCUGAUCAUGAGACAUUUUCCACAAAAGAAUACAACUACUUUGUCUUUGUUGCUUCAUUUGCAAGAAAUAAUUGGUGGAUUAACUACUACUUAAGAGACAUUUCAGUCUUUUAGGUUUUUAAACACCAUUCUUCACAAACAACUUUCUGCACCAAUUUUAUUUCAGAUUCCCUAGAUACAUGUAUUGGGAGAGGACUGGUAAUUUUCAUUUCAGAGAUUAAAUAUUAUCUCUUAACUCUUGCCAAUUGUCUUUUAGAUUCUACCAAAGAUAUUUCUACAGAUAAGAAAAAUGCCUUUGCUUUGGAGUAUAAUUUUUAAUAGUUGGAAGAGCCUCAUCUGCCCACAUGCCCUGUUAUUAAGUUGUAAACACAAUCAGAAGUAAUCGUUUGGGUGGCCAUGCCAAUUGGAGCCCCUAAGAUGUGAAGAAAAAGGAACCCUGGUGAAUACAUGUGCAGAGAUUUGUUCCUCAGAUUAACUAUCUGUGGUGUAUUGGAGCUUGAAGAAGGCUAAGCCAAGUCAGCUUAAUUUGUUUUCAGAAGCAGAGAGAGGAAGAGAAUAGACUGGAAAAGUUGUAGAGCACAGAAAGGUACCCAAGAAGGUCAAGACUUGAGCAGUGGGUGGUUGCAGGUAUAAAGGGCAAUGAAGAGGCUGAAAAAUGUUCCUGGAGUUAAGCUUGUGAUAUUGGCAGUUCAAGAAUGGACAGAAAACAUGGGAAAUAUGUAGUGAAUAUUGAACGCUCUGGAAACCAGCAAGCUUUCCUGAGCCCAAGAAACCAUGAAGCUCACAAUUCAGCAUGUCAGUUCUCUACAUCAAUGGAAAUAACUGGUGAUGUUGGUACCAAUUUAAAUGGUGUCUGCACCAGCCCAGUGACCCUUGAACACUCAGAAUUUCUAAACAGAGAAUUCCAACAUUGUCAGGUGAAACGAAAUUUCUUCUGUGACUGGUCUCUAUGGAAAACCUUUCUCGCUUGUCUCUUAGCCUGUGUGAUAACAACAGCAAUUGGAGUACUCAUAGUAUCCCUGGUGUAUAAUGGGAAAAAUAAUAAUGCCUCCAUUGUUAUCCAGUUUCCCCAAAGCCAUGGAACACCCUCAUCUGCCACUGGAAUAACCUCAUCUACAGUUUCUCAACCUACAGUUACAACUACGAUAAUAAAUUCUACCACAAAAUCCACUUCAACUAAACCUACAGCAAGCACUUCUAUAGAACCUACCAGCACAGUGAACUCCACUAACACUUCAAAUGCAACUACAAUAUCACCAGCCACCACUUCAGCUGAAGCCACAGCCACAACAAAUGCAGGAAUUUCCACAGAGGCUGCAACCACAAGAGCCACCACUACCACCUCUCCUAAACCCACAACCAAAACAUCAGCCAGCACUGCAGCAGAACAGUUUGCCACCACAACUACAGGCACUUACACUGAAGUAAGAACAACAAGAGCCACCAUGAUCACCUCAGCGGAAUCCACAGCCACAACAAUAGACAGCACUACAACUGAACAGUCUGCCAUCACAACUACAGGUACUUCCACUGAGGCUACAACCACAAUGACCACCACUACCACCUCUACUGAACCCACCACCACCACAACAGCCAGCACUACAAUUGAACAGUCUGACACCACAACUGUGGGCACCUCCACUGAGGCUGCUACCACAACCACCACCACUGACACCUCUAAUGAACCCACCACCACAACAACAGUCAGCACUGCAACUGAACAGUCUGCCACUACAACUGCAGGUACCUCCGCUGGGGCUACGACCACACCCACCAUGACUACCACCUCUACUGAACCCACCACAACAGUGGCCAGUGCUACAACCGAACAGGCUGCCAUCACACCUACAGACACUUCCACUGAGGCUACAACUGCAACAACAACCACCACCACCUCUACUGAACCCACCACCACAACAACAGUCAGCUCUACAACUGAACAGUCUGCCACCACUACUGCAGGUACCUCCACUGAGACUACAAUCACAACCACCACUACUGCCACCUCUGCUGAACCCACAGCCACACCAACAGCCAGUACUACAACUGAACAGUCAACCACCACAACUGCUGGCACUUCCACUGAGGCUACAACCACAGCCACCACCACUACCACCUCUACUGAACCCACCACCACAACAACAGCCAGCAGAACAAUUGAACAGUCUGACACCACAAAUGCAGGUACCUCUACUGAGGCUACAACCACAGCCACCACCACUACCACCUCUACUGAACCCACCACCACAACAACAGCCAGCACUACAACUGAACAAUCUGACACCACAAAUGCAGGUACCUCCACUGAGGCUACAGCCACAGCCACCACCACUACCACCUCUACUGAACCCACCACGACAACAACAGCCAGCACUACAACUGAACAAUCUGACACCACAACUGCAGGUACUUCCACUGAGGCUACAACCACAGCCACCACCACUACCACCUCUACUGAACCCACCACCACAAAAACAGCCAGCACUGCAACUGAACAGUCUGACACAGUAACUGCUGGCACAUCCACUGAGGCUACAACCACCACAGCCACCACUGCCACCUCUACUGAACCUAUAACCACAACAACAGCCAGCACUGCAACUGAAAAAUUUGCUACCACAACUGCAGGCACUUCCACUGAGGCAACAACCACCACAGCCACCACUGCCACCUCUACGGAACCCACCACCAUAACAGCCAGCACUAUAACUGAACAGUCUGUCACAACUACUGCAGGCACUUCCCCUGAGACUACAACCACAAUGGCCACCACUGCCACCUCUACUGAAUCUACAACAACAACUGCCGGUAUUGAAACUGAACAGUCUACUACAACAACUGAAGGCACUUCCACUGAAGCUACAACCACCACAACCACCACUGCCACCUCUACUGAACCCACAACCACAACAUAACCAGCACUGCAAUUGAACAGUCUGCCACCACAACUAUAGGCACUUCCACUGAAACUACAACCACCACAGCCACACCACUGCCACCUCUACUGAACCCACAACCACAAGAACAACAUGGACUACAACCGAACAGUCUGCCACAACUGCAGGCACUUCCUCUGACACUGCUACCACACUUACACCACUACCAUCUCUACUGAGCCCAGCACUACAACAGCCAGCACUGAAAGUUGAUAGCCUGACACAAUAAGUGCAGCAACUUCUACUGAGUCUUCAACCACACUGGUCACCACUACUGCUUCCUCAGAAGUCACCACUUCAAGCCAAUCUGGCCAUCUAACUGCCAGAACUUUUACUGAGACAGCCACCAUGGUGAGCACUACUACCUCUUCUACUUAAUCUACGACACCAAUAGUAACCAGAAACAACAUUGAAACAACUGCCACAAUAAUGUCAGGCCCUUCCACUGUGGCUACAACUACAAUAGCCACCACUCUCCCUUCUACUGUACCCACAACCACAAUAGCAGCUAGCACUGAAACUAAACAGACUACUGCAAUGACUGCUGGUACUUCCACAGAGGGUACAACCAAAAUUACCACUACCGUCACUGAGUCUACAACCACAAUAGCAGCCAUGAUGCCCAUUGAACAGACUAGCACAACAACUUCAGGGACUUCCACUUAGCCGUGAAUCACAAUGAUCCCAACUUCUGCUUCUACUGAAUCUUCAGCCACAACUGCAACCACCAGGUCACCUGAACUAACCACCACAACAACCACAGACACUCCCACUCAGGCUACAACCAAAAAAUUCUCCAUUACUACUUUUACUGAACCCACUACUCCAACAGCAGCCAGCAUUUUGACUGAACUAAACCUGCAAAACAGAAAUAGCCACAUUUUGACUAUGAUCAUUAUCAUAGCAAUCAUAGGCAGCAUUUCUAUUAGCCUGUAUGUAUAAGAGCCAGGAUGAUUGCUUCAAAAGAACCAAUUAUCACAACAGCAGCCAUUCCUUUGGUUUAACCACAAACCAUACAAGCAUGUAUGGCACUUCAGCUGAACUUACCAGAACAGCAACAUGCACCUCAUCUAAUGAGUCUGUAGACACAAAUAAUAGUGCUCCAUUUUAAGUAAACUAAUAACCGCAAAAUCAGCUGCUACUUUAACUGAAGUUAGUGUUACUACACCUACUGGUAGCACUUCAUCUGAACCUGUCAGUAUAAUUGUGAGUUCAAAUCUCUUAAUCCAAACUUGUCACUGUAACUCUAGGCUUCAUUCCUUCAACUGAAUGCAUUACCAUGACUACAAUUAUCUUUUCAAUUGAGGCCACAGCCAUGAGAACGAGGUUCAUAUUAACUAAGUCUAUGACCAUCGUAACUUUUGCUGAAUCUACUAUCAUAAGAUUACAGUAACAGUCUCACUCAUUGGUAUCCACAGUGACCAAAAUUCAUACUUAAAUUGAAGCUAAACUACAUAAAUCAUCCAACAACUUUAGCUCAGCCCUGAAUAACUUUCAUAUCAAAUGAACCUAAAUUACUAUUACUUUAGCAAAAUCAUCAGACACUGCCACCUGUACUUUAAUUGAAUUUACAACCCUCGCAAUAGCUACCUCCAACUCAGUUACUGAAUCUAUUCUGUUUUCUGAUACAACUGAAACAUCAUCUUUAACCUCCACUGCCACCAGCUCAACUAAACAAAAACCAACACAUACACUACUAACUCAACUGACUCUUCGAUCACAACUCCCUAGCAAUAUCAGCUCAAUUUACAAUCUUCAUAAGCAUCAUUACCUGUUAACAGAAAAUGCAACUACAGUUUAUACAUAAUCUACUAUCACAAUAUUGCUGGUUCUUCCACUGCCUUUUCAAAAAAGUCCAUUUAUAGACACAUCAACCAUGUCACAUCGUCAAAAUGUGCUACUCCCAUAACAUCUACUGAAAUUUCACAAUAGCGACCACCACAGUUCUACUCUAUGUACUCCUACAACAGAGAAAACUUUACUGAACCUUUUAAUAUCCUAUCACUGAACUCUAUAAGCAUUACAAUUUCUAUUGGCAUGUUAUUCAAUGCCAUUCACUACUUAUUCAUAAAUGAGAAACUAUUAAUUUUUCUAGUAAAUUUACUAAGUCAGAUUACUACUCUCACUUGACAAAAAUUGCAACUUUCUAAUGACCUAUUCUAGGGCAACUGUGGUUAGUAUACCUACAAAUUAGAUCCUAAUACCUACUAUUAUCAUUCCUAUACCAGAUUCUGUAUCUACCAUCAGUACCAUGGGGAAUUCUAUGGCCAGUAUCACUUCCAACAUAUUACUCCAACAACACAGGGUUAUGAAACAACCACAUCUAAAACAAGAUUUACUUAUUGACCAGUUCACCUAUCGCUACCAUGACAAUGAAAUUUAUUUUUCAUGCCUACACUCAUUUUCAUGCCUAUGCUUAGAUUUUAAAAUACUACUUAGCAGACCUGAACACUUACUGUGGAGUUUUUCUGUUUUCUCUGUGAAGUUUUAGAUAAUACAAUUUUUCAUACAGAGUAAAUUCAAUCUAUUUAUGUACAUUGGAAACCUGUUCUGAUUAAAUAAGUUACCAAAUAUGAAUAUAUUCUUUUAUUAUUCCAAAGUUUUAGUGCUUAAUACAUAAACUCCUUAUGUAAUAGGGAAAGGACAUUCUAUAUGGUGAGGGUAUAUUGCAUGUAUGAAGUACUACAUUUCCUUUUCAGAUUGUAUAAAAUUAUUUCCAUUUCAUUAUUUACUGCUUAAAUUGUUUUGCUAUUUAAGUAAUAUUAAUGAAUAUGUUCUGACUAUUUUUGGUUUUAAAAACUUAUAUUCUGCCAUUUUUUCAGUAAUCUUAUACAGUCAUUCAAUUAAAAACCUUGAGUAAACAUUUACUGUGUGCCUGCUAUCUGCUGAAAUACUGAAGAAAAUUUAGAAAAAGAAAAUAGCAAUGCAGGCCAAGCACAAAGGCUCACACUGUAAUUCCAGCAUGUUGGGACCCUGAGACAGUAGGAUUGUUUGAGGUCAGGAGUUCAAGACCUGCUUGGGCAACGUGAUGAGACUCCAUCUCUAUAAGAAAGAAAAAAAAUUAGAUGGGCAUGGUGAAGCAUGCCUAUAGCCCCAGCUACUUGGUAGGCUGAGGUGGGAGGAUUGCUUGAGUCCAGGAGCUCAAGGCUACAGUGAGCUGUGAUCAUGGAUCAUGCCACUGCACUCAGGCAUGGGUGACAGAGCAGGUCUCUUAAAAAAAAAUAACGCAGGUAACAGUAAAAAACUUACAAAUUUGGAUUCUAUUAUUUAGAAUUCUUGGUAAUUGACAGAUUUAAAUUAAUGUUGAUGGUAUUUGCAUUCCAGUGCAGUUCUAUUGACUCAAAAUCAUCAAGGAUGGGCCAGAAUUCUCUAUUUUUUAAAAAGUGUGCACCCAGGGUUCGUAACUACCCAUUGAAGCGUUGAAUUCAGUAGGACAUUGUGAGGUGUUACAGCUUUUAGAUGGUGUUGAUGAGAUUGAUAUAAAUCACUUGACAGUUUUUAAGCACUAAGAAAAUGCAGUCUUUUUUUGUGUGUAUUCUAUGUAUAAACAAAAGAUGACAGUAUAUAGGCACUUCACUUGAGCAUGUGAUUGGGAGCAGGAGUGAAAAUGCUUUAUUUACCAAAAAAAAAAGUAUUCUCAAGAAAUUUAAAACAAAGAUUUUGACAGCAUUUAUGCUACUUAGAAACCAUAUUUAACUGUUUUUUAUGCCAUUCCUAUAGAAGUACUUUCCCUGCUUUUUGCUAGCCUGCUUACUGUAAUUAUAUGCAAUUAAUGUAACAAAACCGCAAAUACUUUAAUUCUAUUUAUUUCCUUCCUUCUUAUAUUUUCAAUUAGUAUUAUUUUAUUAUUAAAUAUAUUACUGAUUAAACUUCUCUUUCUG